UCCAACAGAUACCAGCAAACUUGUGUCAGAUAAGAACCAGCUCAAAACUUCCCAGCCCCAUUUGCAGCCUCCAGCCACCUCCACCUCUGCAAAGGGAUGGGAUUGCUCCUGAAGAUUUUCAUCCCUUUGUUGGGAGCAGCAUUGGCCUUUUAUUUUUAUUCAGGAACUGAGAACUUCAAUGAAGAGAUGCUGCGGGGGAAGCGGGUGAUCGUGACGGGGGCCAGCAGUGGCAUCGGGGAGCAGAUGGCAUAUCACCUGGCACGGAUGGAGGCCCACCUGCUGCUCACGGCACGGACAGAGGCCAAGCUGCAGAAAGUCGUGGAGCGAUGCCUGGAGCUGGGAGCUGCCUCCGCCCGCUACAUCAGCGGCUCCAUGGACAGCCCCGGCCUGCCCGAGGAGCUGCUCAGGGAGGCUGAGAACACCUGGGGCGGCCUGGACAUGCUCAUCCUGAACCACAUCGGCCAGAGCGGCUUCACCUACUUCAGCGGGGACGUGGGGCACGUCCGGGAGCUCAUGGAGAUCAACUUUGUCAGCUACGUGGCCUUGGCCACGGCUGCCCUGCCCAUGCUGAGGGAGAGCGAAGGCAGCAUCGUUGUGGUUUCAUCCAUCGCAGGUAGAAUUGCUGGCCCUUUUACUGCUUCCUAUUCCGCAACCAAGUUCGCCUUAGACGGAUUUUUCAGCUCCUUGAGGCAGGAACUCAUCAUAGACAAGGUCAACGUUUCCAUCACGCUCUGCAUCCUGGGCUACAUCAACACAGAGAGCGCCGUGCGCGCCGUCUCGCACGUUAUCCCGGACACGCCGGCCCCCAAGGAGGAGUGUGCCCUGGAGAUCAUCCGGGCAGGAGCGCUGCGCCGCCGGGAGCUGCACUACCCGCCCCGGGCCGUCAGCAGCGCGCUGCUGUUCCACAGCAUCGCCCCCGAGCUCCUGGACUCCAUUGUCCGCAGCAGCUACCGCCUGGAGAACGUCCGGAGAACGUAGAGCCCGAGCGGUGCUGGGACACCUGGGGCCAAGCAGGACGGAUCUGGGCUGACCCAGCUGCUCGGGCGCCUUCCCACACCGCUGGGGCAUCCCUGUGCUGGUGCCCUGGCAGCCUGGGGCAGGACACUCCAGGAGUCUGUAAGGCAGCACAAAAUGUCCUUUUCGGUCAUGGGCCCUUGUAAAGGGCUUUUUCCAUCCAGGAGGCAUUUCAGAGAAGUCCUGCAGCAGCAUCUGCUGCCAGUGUCCUGCUCACCAGCAGGAUUCCUGCUCAUCCUGCAGAAACUGUUCCCUCUGGAACGGCACCGAGGCAGCUGAGCUGAGCCCCGGCCCAGAACCAAGGUUUGGGCCAAGCAGCACAAACCACCCAAAGCCACGAGAGAGUCUCUGAAUCUGGAGAUUUCUGUCACACCUCCCUUCCAUGCCGGUCUUUGUAAAAAUAAA